AUGCGCGACAAGCAUCUGCUUCUUGGGUACCCUGAGAAGUAUGGUCUGGAUGAAAACAGCAGGUUGCGGAUGCAGACAUUCCGGGAUGUCAAUCCAAAAGCUGCUUUCGGUGACCUGCCACUUCCAGUUCCCUAUCAGGAAUCAAGGGACGGUGCUGUGCAGCAACUCGCUAUGACCAUCAACAACAUUGGCAUUUGCAUUGGCAUGAUAGCAUUGCUGUGUUACAUCUAUGGGCCACAGGCCAUGCGGCGACGUGUGCAACGGGCAGUUGUUGGCAGUGAUCAGGGAGUGGCUCCAAUGGGAGAAAGAAGGGAAAUGAUGGAAUCAAGGCCCAAGGGUGGAAAUGGCCAGCAGUUGGAGCAAGAGGCAGCUGUUCUUGUGGGGCUGGAGCAACACUCCUCAGGGGAGAGCGACUCAUGGGAAUCUGUGGCUGCUGUCCCAACGGAGGAAGACAACGACGAGAGCUACAUCAGCCUUGAUGAAGUGCAGCAGCAACUAUUGGGGCUCCGAUACAACUCCAACACCAUGCACUUUCUGCAGGAGCAGAUGGAAAAAGCCCAAGGUCUAGCCACAUUGGAGAGUUUGUCAGAGGGAACAACACAGCUGCUGGAUGCGGCGCUGAAGCAAGGGCAUCGGCUCAUCAGGAAACACUCCCAGGUGUUUGAUGUUCGACACUUUUACAAGAUCGAAGAUGCAGUGGAAGCUGUGCAGCUU